AUCUGGAUUCUAAAUUGAAACGAACGCAGCAUUUCAAGGACUGGAUGAAGAGCUUACAUUUUUUUACAGAAUCAUCAAUAUCUUGGAAGAAAAAGAAUGUUAAGAAAUGACAAAACAAUAAUUAUUAAGUACUUUCUUAAUCUCAUUAAUGGAGCUUUCAUGGUUCUUGGACUUUUAUUCAUGGGAUUUGGUGCAUGGCUUUUAUUAGAUAGAAAUAAUUUUUUAACAGCUUUUGAUGAAAAUAAUCACUUCAUAGUAUCUAUUUCUCAAAUUUUGAUUGGAAUGGGGUCUUCUACUGUUCUUUUUUGUCUAUUGGGUUAUAUAGGAAUUCACAACGAAAUCAGAUGGCUUCUAAUUGUGUAUGCAGUAUUGAUAACAUGGGUCUUUGGUGUUCAGGUUGUACUUUCAGCAUUCAUCUUCACAAAGAAAGAGGAGGUUCAGCAACUAUGGCAUGACGAAAUUGAUUCUGUCAUUUCUGAGUAUGGAUCUAAAGAUAAGCCUGAAGAUAUAACCAAGUGGACUAUUCUAAACGCUUUACAGAAAACAUUACAGUGUUGUGGCCAACAUAAUUACACAGACUGGAUAAAGAAUAAGAACAAAGAAAAUUCAGGACAGGUGCCAUGUUCUUGCACAAAGUCUACUUUAAGAAAAUGGUUUUGUGAUGAGCCAUUGAAUGCAACUUACCUCGAGGGUUGUGAAAAUAAAAUCAGUACAUGGUAUAAUGUUAAUGCGUUAACCUUAAUUGGAAUUAACUUUGGACUUUUAACUUCAGAGGUUUUCCAAGUCUCAUUAACAGUUUGUUUCUUCAGACACAUCAAGAAUAUAAUCCAUGCAGAAACGUGACCUUUGGAUUUCAAUUUGUUCAGAAGAAACAACCAGUUAAUUCUUAAAAUAAUCACAUUAUAUUAUUUUAUUCCAAAAAUGUUUUGAAUUUUAUUAAAUAACAGAUCUAUUCAAAUUAUUGAUUAUAUAAUACCGAAUUACUGAUUAUAAUAAAACAUUCAUGAAAUUAU